AUUCGCACCGGCUAGAGCCGUCAAAGCCGCUUGGCUCUUAGUGGAGGAAGGAUCUGUGAGAAGGAGGAGGAGGGAGAAGGAGAAAGGAGCGGGGAAGGGAUUGGUUUCCUCCGCCGAGACGUUGCAGGCUCCCCCGCUGUUGGCCAACCCGGCUUUGGGACGCCUUUCUAAGAAAUCCGGAGUCGCGCCGGUUCUGUCUACACACCUCAAUUGGGACUCUACAACCGAUGUGAGCGCUCCGAAAGCCCCGGACUUUCUCCACGCCUGGGAUUGAUUGAUUUUUGCCUCUAUUUUUUUGAGCUCGAUUCGAGCCCGAUCCGCUUUGCUGGCCGGGAUUUGGGAGGAACCGGCGCCGCCACCAUCAUCCGCCGCCACGAUGCCUCUCACUGGGCCGAGUUUUCCGAGCCGGACUUAUGAUUAUGACUAUGACUCGGUCCAGCCCUACUUCUACUUCGAGGAUGAGGAGGAGAACUUCUACCUGUCGGCCCACCACCGAGGUUGCGAGCUCCAGCCGCCGGCCCCUUCGGAGGACAUCUGGAAGAAGUUCGAGCUGCUGCCCACCCCUCCCUUGUCGCCCAGCCGCCGCGGGGGUGGCUGCUUCCCUUCCAGCGCUGACCAGCUUGAGAUGGUGACCGAGCUCUUGGGCAGCGACGCCGUCAACCAGAGCUUCAUCUGCGACCCGGACGACGACGCCUUCGUGAAGUCCAUCAUCAUCCAGGACUGCAUGUGGAGCGGUGUCUCGGCUGCCGCCAAGCUCCAGAAGGUGGUCUCCGAGAAGCUGGCCUCCUACCAAGCCGCACGGAGGGACGGCGGCAUCAACAGCGCAGUACACAGCAGGGGUGGCAGCACCGGCAGCACAUCGCCCAGCUCUCCACAGGCAUCCCCAUCGUCCACCGCCUCCUCCUGUUCGUCUUCAUCGACCUCCUCUUCGCCCACUUACCUGCAAGACCUGGGCGCCUCUGCUGCGGACUGCAUCGACCCCUCUGUGGUCUUCCCUUACCCUCUGGCAGAGAAAACCCCCAAAAUCGAGGAGGAGGAGGAAGAGCCCAUCUCCCCAGAAGUCCACUCAGUGGCGAUACUCUUAGACACACCGCCCAACACCAGCAGUGAUUCCGAAGAGGAGGAAGAGCAAGAAGAGGAGGAGGAGGAAAUCGACGUGGUGACGGUAGAGAAGAGGCAGCCCGCGGCGAAGAGGUCCGAGCCCAGCACGCACUCGUCCCGGGGGCACAGCAAGCACCACCACAGCCCGCUGGUCCUCAAGCGCUGCCACGUCCCCAUCCACCAGCACAACUACGCCGCCCCUCCCUCAACCCGCGUCGAGUAUUCGGCGGCCAAGCGGCUAAAGUUGGACAGUGGCCGGGUCCUCAAGCAGAUCAGCAACAACCGCAAAUGCUCCAGCCCCCGCACCUCGGACUCGGAGGAGAACGACAAGCGGCGGACGCACAACGUCCUGGAGCGCCAGCGGCGGAACGAGCUCAAGCUGAGCUUCUUCGCUUUGCGCGACCAGAUCCCGGAGGUGGCCAACAACGAGAAGGCGCCCAAAGUGGUCAUCCUGAAAAAGGCCACCGAAUACGUCCUCUCCAUCCAGGAGGACGAGCACAAACUCUUGGCGGAGAAAGAGCAGCUGCGGCGGCGGCAGGAGCAGCUGAAAAACAAACUUCAGCAGCUAAGGAACUCUUGUGUGUGAAAGCACGAAAGGCAACAAGAGUGUAAUAAACAUUUGACUGGGUGGGGAAAGGCAGAUGUAGACUUUGGAAAGAGGCGCCAUUGAGACGGAAACAAAACAAACCAAGAAAGAAAGGACUGAUGGAUUCAGCCAUGUAGGAAUGAUGGAACUCUUUCCAGUUGCAUGCUCAGAAACUACACAACCUUGUCCAGAACCUCAGAAAAACUGCCUUCGAACUUUUUAAAAACUUUGGGCGGAAUUCUUGUUCAAUGCUUGGGCGAAAAACCUAUUUUUUUUUUUCACUUUAUCUCUCUUUCUUUUUUUCUUUCUUUUUUUUUUUUUCGUUAUUUAAAGCAUUUUUUUUCUUAAAAACGAUUUACAAAAAAAAAAAAAGAAAGAAAGAAAAAAGUUGCUGCCGGAUCUUUUGUAAAUAUAUUUACAGUCUAAUAAUAAUAUGUAUAUAACUUUAAUAAAAAAAUCUUUAUAUAGAAAAAUUUUACAAAAAUGUUAGGUUGUGGCAACUGAACUUAUAAUUGUCCCCGUGCCAUAACAUUUCACAUUUUUAUUUAAAAAGCUUUUUUUUCUUUUUUUAAAAAAUACAAAUGAUUUUAUUUUUCCUUUUAUAUAUAUAAAUAAAAUAUUUGGCCCAAAUUGUAA